AUCAACUCGACAACCUUUAUAUCUCAACGAGUUCGGCUGCCGAUAUUCCGUCACUGCUGUAUAAUGCCGUCGGCAGUAGUAGGUCACCAUGACAGUAGAGGGCGCGCGAGUAGCCGAAACAGCGACACCAACAAGAACAUCGGCCGCCUCUGCAGCUGUAGUGACGGAAGCGUCAUUGAUAGAAUACGUAGCUUGACGUUUGAUGGUCAAACGCGACGAAUACAAAAGGAACAGCAUCAGCAGCAGCCACAAUUACAACGGCAGCAGCAGCGGCAGCGCUACAACCGAUCUUGUCUGCUACGCUGUGGAACAUUUUUGACGUCCUUAUGGUCGGCUAGAAUGGGGCUAGGCAGAUGGCCAGGUUUCGCCCUCGUCGUCUGUCUUCUACUCGGGACUCUGAGCAGCUCUACUGGAGCUUCAAUGACUUUGAAUAACGCCGGAACCAGCUCAAGUAAUUCAAAUAGCCAUGACGAAAACAGCAGUGGACGCGUAGGGCAGAGCAAGAGCCUUGCUGCCCCCAGCACUCUUUGCCCACCCAGAUGCAAGUGCUACCCCAACAAACAGAUCCUGUGCCAGGAAGCGGGACUAAACUCACUCCCCACCAAGUAUAUACCCAAGGAUGCGCGGCAGAUACAGAUGAUGAGCAACAGCAUUUCGCUCAUCCCAACUGACGCGUUCAAGCACUUCAGGCACCUCAAAAAGCUUCUGCUUGACAACAACCAGAUUACGGUAGUAGCUCCGAACGCGUUCCGAGGCCUAAAGCAUAUGGAAGAGCUAAGUCUGCAAAAUAAUCCUUUAACCGUGCUAGCCAGUUAUAGCUUUUCGGGGCUGCAACAUAUCCAGUUUCUUAACUUGGGAUACAACCGAAUCCAGAGUAUUGAAGCAAACGCAUUUGCUGAUUCGCGAGAUAUUGAGCACAUUUCGUUGGAUGCUAAUCCUCUAGUGAUUAUCAAGACAAAGGCAUUUAAUGAUAUUCGCGACGUCGGCGUAAUUUAUAUGCCACUGCGUGUAGACACAAUUCAGGCAGACGCGUUCCACGGCCUGGAAAAUGUCACCGAAUUAGCGUUCGACCAAAUGAAAUCCGAUGCAAUUGGACAGUUUGCUUUCCGAGGAUUAAACAAAGUCGAUCGCAUCAUUAUCAGUAACUCAGUCGUACGCGUUUUUGAUUCAGGCGCAUUUACGGGUCUAAAGGACGCAAAUACGAUUUUGCUAGAGGGCAACAUAAUUCAAACAAUCAAAGCAGCAACGUUUGCAGGUACACGGAAUGUGCGAUCAGUGAAGCUGGUUAAUAACCGUAUCACUAAUCUAGUUCCGGGAUCGUUAGACGGACUUAGCCCCGAAGUUCGUCAGCUGCGAGGAAAUUUCAUCCCCUGUGAUUGUCGGCUUGCCUGGAUACAGGCCGUACUUAAGAUGUCACAUGCGAUCAAUACAACGUUCUGCUCAGAACCAUCAGAGUUUCACAACACGACGGUCGCACACGCCCUUGAAGUGCAACGUGCCCAGGAACAGCUAAGCUUCAACCAGGUGCAUACCUCUUGUCGACCCGAGGACUUCGAGCCGAAAAAAGGCUACUCAGAGCAACAGAAGGUCAACACGGCGACAACAGCGGCCGCCCGACGAAGAAAUACCGCGUCGUCUCCCAUUCUGCUCACCCUGCUAAUCACGACUUGGUCGUUGGCACUAUAGAGUUUAGGUGGAAUCGACGAAUUAAUUCCGAUAGGACCAGAUGGAACUUGGGCGGAAUGGGUUGGCUUAUUGACGUUACGCCAAUAAUACCUCUAUCUUCUAUACGAACGAUUGAUUAAAUGAUUUACAAAAAUAGAUGCGAAUGAUUAAACAUUACCACCAGUAGCGCUACCUUUGGGCCCUUGUUUAAAGAUAUUUAUGGACUGUCCCGCAGUGCCGUCGAGAGACACUGAAAGACCUUAUAGGUAUUCUCUUAUUUGUUUUUAUUUAAGGUCGAUUGUCGUAGUUUCCUCCUGAUUGUAUUCCCAUCUUUCUUCUAGUAUAAAUAUACAACACUGAUUAAACGUGGACAAUGAGCAGAACGGCCAUUUAGGACGAGAUCGUCGUCAUCUACAAUGCAUGCCUAUAUUCCUUCGGACGACUGAUCGUAUCUAUCGUCGAACUGCUAUUCAGUUGCCGUACAGAGUCAAUGCGAUCUUUGAUAGGUUUAAGUUAGACAGAGAGCCUGUUACGGGAUAGGAUAAAUGAAAAGCUAAAACUGGACGAACCAACAGUACAAGACGCAGAGGAAAAAGUGGACGACGUAACAGGAGAGGAGAAAGUAAAAACAGAUGUUGGGUUGUGGUGCCUGAGGGCCCUAUAUUAUAACCGUCGUGUUACCGCAAAUCUCUAAAUUUAAUCACCUUUAAACUUUGGCUGUCAGUAACAAACGGCGAUGAUGGAAUAUAUUUGAUUGGUGGAAGGCGAUGGCUUUCCGAGUGUUUCGACCGAGCCUUAGACGCUUUCGUUCUGGCUCGAAUCAACGAAUACCCUUAACUGUCUAACGCGACGUAUCAAAGCGGAACAUAUAUUUAAUCUUGUCACCAUUUUGGUUUGGGCCUCUUAUGACAAAGUUGUCCCUUCGGCUUUUUGCUGAGGAUACUGACCGCACCCACAAUUUUCUGAAAUGAACUCCGGGGAUUUCGUGAGCAAUGCGCUUGACACCACUGACCCCCAUCCUACCCAGUUUGACACGAAUAGAAUGGGAAACGAAUCCCAACAUGAACCGAUGGAUGUAAAUAUAUAUACAAAAUGAAUGACUAUAAUAAUAUAGAUGACUAGUGAAAUUCAUGUAUGGAUUAACGAAUGAACGCCCAAUGACUGUACUAUAUUAGGUAGUGUGACAGCUGCUAGGUAUACGCUCAACGAGGUAAAUAUGCGGCCGGGCUUCAAAUGGGAAGCGGCUCCUAAAAACAAGGAGUUGUAUGACCACCACAAGAAAGAAAGCAAAACAGAUGUUGCAAUGAGAUGUCGAGGUGUUUGUACAUGCGUAGUGUUAAUAGUCAUGACUCAACGAUGAAUGAUGACAUUAAUAUAGAGAUAAUGACAGCUAGUAAUAACAAAUAAUAUGGUAAAGAAGGAAGCAAAGUUACUUUAAUACUGGCAGUACGCAACAGGCGGUCAUGAAUAGGAGAAGAAAGUGAAAUGCAUUGAUUUGAAGAGCCAAUAUACGAUAUGUCAAAACUUACCACAGACAACGCACCUGUAAACUUCGCUAUCGAAGCUUCACGGUGAGCCAGUCUGCGUUAAGCUUAUGUACGAAUGAUCUGGGCCUCUUCAGAUACUGAUGAAGAAGAUAGAAUUAAUCGAAUAGUACGAAUUGAUAUGUCUACUAGGUAUAACAGAUACUUACGAGGAAUGAAUGGACGAUUUCCGUGCGAAGAAAGCUCAGCAAGGGGGAACAGACAAGAGUGGGUUGAACGCCGGCAAGUGAUGUAAACAGGUAAACAUUAAGGAACUAGCAAAAUACUGACGGGUCAUAGUCGACUUAACAAGGUGGUGGAACUAGCAGAAGCAAUUAUUAAACGACACGAAAGAAGACUUGACACAAGAAAACGAAAGAAACGAGGCCAGGUAUAGUAUGACCGAAUGGAAUAAACUUAGUGAUUAUAAACCGUUGAACUGAUACGUGUUGUAAUUUCAAUAGAUGUUAGGUAUAAUGUACAACACAUAGACUGUAAGCGGCUAAUGUGUUCACACACGCCAUUGAAAAAGCGAAAUUAUUUAACUUUGGCCUUUUUGUUUCACGUUUAGGUUAAAUGUAUGACAUUCGUAAACACAUCUGUGCU